UAUUUUUCAAUUCCUUUCUUUCUCUCGCUUUCGCUCUGAGCGUCUUUGUCUUUUCUUGCCCUCUCUUUCAUCUCUCCCCUUUUACCACCAGCUUCCUCUUCUGUACCUCCCUCCCUGCAUUUUCCCUUUUUUUCUCAAAACCCUAGAUUUGAGAGCAGAAGGGAAAUCUAGGGUUUUGUUCUUCUGGGGUUGUUUGUUAGGAGUACAUGGGUUUCUGUUUCUGGUCUCUCAAGCUGUUCUCUACUUCCGCGCCUGAAAGUUGCUGUAUUUGAGCGUUUGAUUCGCCCCUGCUCUCUGCAUUUGUUGUUUUUACGUUUGGCGCUUCAGCUUGAGUUAGCUCUCUGCUGUAUUGUUGGAGGAAGCCCUGCUCUUCUCGUUCUUUAGGGUGUGUUUCUUCUUCCUUUUUCGUUUCCCCAUUUCCCACAAUUUCGGCAAGUUUGGAUUUUUAGAUUGAGAGUUCUCUUUUGCGUUUCUAUUGAUUGCUGUUUCACUGUGAAAGCAGCUCCUUUGAGUUUCUCCGUGUGUGUGGCGGCGAAGGGUUCUGAUUCCCCUGUCUUCGCGCUUUGCUUUUGGCUCUAGAGUCCACAGCUUCAGUUCGUUUUUGGCUACUUCAAAGAAAAACCCCUGAAAAACCCUUUGGUUCUGGAAUUCCUCACACCCUCUCUUAUUAAGUUGUGAAGUCUAGUUGUAUAAGGAAUCCUUAAAGGCGCCACCUUUAUCACUCCGAACUCCGAAGCUCUUGAUUCUUUUCGUUUUCCAACUUUUUUGAGCUUGUACUAUUGUGAUACCUGUACCAUUUUUCAUAGUAAAUGCAUGGAUGGAAGAGAAGCUAUGGCAUUAUCUAGUGGUUCAAAUCCGUAUUACAUUCAUAGGGGGCCUGGUUAUGGUGGGCCUGGGGGAUACCAGUCACAGACUGGGGCAUUGCACCCUCCACCCCAGUUCAGAUCCUCCCCAACCCCAAACUUUCAGAUUCAAAACAAUGCCAGGCCUGGCUCAUCUGCACCUGCAUUCUCGAUAGAGCACUCAAAUGUGAAUUCUGGUCAUGGCGGCCAUGGCAUUGAUAUUGAUAUGAGUGCUCCUCCACCUGGAGCGGCAGUGAGUGAGCAGCCGGUGAAGAAGAAGAGAGGAAGGCCACGAAAAUAUGCCCCAGAUGGGCAGGUUUCCCUUGCUUUAUCUCCUAUGCUGGUAAAGCCUAAACAACAACCAUCUUCAGAGCAAGAUCCAUUGAGCCCCUCUAAGCGUAGAGGGCGGCCACCUGGCACAGGGAGAAAGCAACGACUUGCUAAUCUAGGUGAAUGGAUGAACAACUCUGCUGGCUUGGCUUUCGCACCACAUGUGAUCAGAAUAUUAGCUGGAGAGGAUAUAGUUGCAAAAAUAUUGUCAUUUGCACAACAGAGGGCUAGGGCUGUCUGUGUCUUGUCUGGAACUGGUACAGCUUCCUCUGUCACACUGCGUCAGCCAGCAUCUUCAGGGCCGACUGUCACAUAUGAGGGCCGAUUUGAGAUACUGUGUUUGUCGGGUUCUUACUUGGUGGCUGAAGAUGGAGGUCCACGUAAUCGAACUGGUGGGAUGAGCGCUUCUCUCUCUACUCCUGAUGGUCAUGUCAUUGGUGGUGCAAUCGGCAUGCUUACUGCUGCAAGCCUAGUCCAGGUAUUUUAUAUCGGCUGUUCUAAAGGUCUGGUUGUGAUCUGCAGUUUUGUAUAUGGUAAUACAAAGAAGCCCGAAAGACCAGUUGGGCGGCCUAAGAGUGAUAAAAGCCAACGGAACAGUGAGAAAUUAGCUGUUAGUACCCCUACAACCCCUGCUAGUGCUCCUCCUCCCUCUGCAACAACGCAGCAGCACCAGCAGCAGCAUCACUACACGCCUUCGCCCAUGGGGGUCUGGCCUGGUUCACGGUCGGUUGAGCUGAGAAACAACCCUCACAUGGACAUUGACUUGACACGUGGAUGAACGACUGAUGAUUGAUGUUGACUGGCUGCAGCAACAGGCACAUGGCAAUUUUGUACAGAUGUGUUGUUGUACAUGUAGUUGCAGAAGAAAAGAUCUCUCCUUGGAGUAUCUAGAUUUCACCUUUCAUCCCUUUCUCUCUCUCUUCCCCAACAUUUGAGGGCAGGGACUUGGAAUGCAGUUUGUGCUAACCUCUAGUCUGUAACAAAAAGUCAACCAUUUUUAAGGGCUCUCCUCCAUCAGUUUAGAAUUUGUUUUCUGGGUAUUUAUGAGUAUUCAGUAUUUGGUGAUUGGCAGUAGCAAAGUUUAAUCAAAUCCUGUUGGUUUUA